AAAGGACUAACUAGCAAAGAGACCACAAUUACAAAAAGUCACAUGGUGGGGAGCUCAAACCAAAAGGGACUUUUGAGUAGAAAUCACCAAAAACCAAACCAGAAAAGGUGAACCCAAAAAGCAACCUCAAAAACUCCCCCACUCACUGAACACAACUUUCUCGGCAGCAAUGGCGGCACAUGAACAAGAACAAGAAAAACCCAUUUGCCCUUUCGCCUUAGACCCCAACAAUAAACACUUGGAGAAGUUGUUGUCCUCAUACUUGGGUCUCAGUUUCACAAUCUUUCUUGGUUUUUUACCCAAGAAUGCAAUUUCUUUGAUUCCAAGACUUCAGAACCGCAGCAAGGAGCUAACUUUUCAGCUCAUUGAGACAGAAGAGCAGCUAAAGCAGUUGCUUUCUCGUAGAAAAGAGGAUUCGAAGGCAAAUGCAAGAGUUGUGGAGAUCUUUGCAAGUCAUAGACAUGCGUGGCAGCAAGAAGAGAAGAGGCUUUUGCAGCAGAUUGAUGAGUGUGCUGAUGAGAUUGAAAAGUUAAGAGGGAGAGUUGAGGAGUUUGAGAAAGUGGAAGGUGAGUUAAGGGCUAAUAUUGAGGAGCUGAAAAGGGAGAUCAGUGAAAGAGAUGAAACGUUGAACUUUAUGAGUAGAAGGGGUUGUUGUGAGAUGGAAAAUAGUACGAGUGGAGAUGUUGGUGAGGGUGUUGGGGAUUGCUAUGCUGAAAUGGGUUUGAGGUUUGGGAAAGUUGGGAUAUCAGAAGGGAUGGAUUUGGGUGUAGGGAUGGAAGAGUGUUACUUGAGUAAUGGGAUUCCUAAUGCUGAACAAAUGAGUGGUGUUUAUGGACAGAGUAAUGGCUUCAAUUCAGAAUACUUGAAUUCUGCUUCUAAGUUUUGGGCUGAAAAAGCUAGUCCUUGGCAGCAGGAUCUGCAGUAUGAUUCUGCCGAUUCACUUCACCAUUUAAAGCAUUUUGUAGCAAGAAGGGAGGCCCCUUGGAAGAUAGAUGGUGAAUCAACAGGAGUCUCCUCCAAAUUAAAGUUACUUGAGCAGGAGCUACUGAAUUUGGAAAGGAUUGGGAAGACGGAUCUAUCUAAGGUACCAUCAUCAACGCGAAAACAGGUCAAGAGAUACCAAGCUCUUGCUGGCAAGAUCGAUGAUCUAUGCAGAAGAAUGGCCAGCGAUCCUAGUGAACCGAACCUGAGUCCUGAGUUUCGGACCCAAAGACAGACAGAAUUUUUGCUUGAAGCAUUUCGACUUCAGCAGCGUGCAUCUGAAACUGGUCAGAAGCUAAUGGUGCUACAAACUGACAGCGGAAAGAGUUAUUAUGGGGAUGAAUUUGAAGGUCAAGCCCAACUAGCUACUAAGCGAUCCUUUGACUCCAUCCGUAACAACUUAAAAGAAAUCCAACGGAAUUUAGAGAUAUGGCUGGCAAGAAUUAUUGGUGAUCUUGAGGGAAUCCUUUCCCGUGAUGGUGCUGCUCGUGUAAGGGAUUAUUAUAUAUCUAGAUAUCCUUUUGUUCAAUAGUUGUUCAUGUGUUAACAAUUUAAGUGAAAUCAUGAUUCAAAAAUAUUGCGAUGAAUUUAUCAUCCAUCCUAUUGAAAUGGUGUAUAGCUCCUUUCUGUUAACAAGAAAUAUCAAGAAUGUUCAGACUUCUUUCCAACUGAAUGUGCAUAAUGGGGGUUAUGAGCCCAAACUAUUGAUGCUAACUAGUAUAGAGUGGCAUGAAGAUUUUUGACAGAAUUAUUGAUGGAAGUCACUGUUCUUGA